AAUGAGAACGUGGCUGGCAGCACCAAAAAUAAGUGAUCACACACUUAUUUUUAACAGACACGCCAACACCAUCAUACAGAAGAAAGAGACGAGAGUGUUUGGAGAGAUAAAUUUUGACAGAGAGAGAGUAAUGGGGAAGAAGGAGGUGGAGGAGGAGCGAAAGGAUGGCGGAGUUGUGGCGGUGGAGCCGAAGCCGAGCAAAGGACGGACCUCGAAAGCGAUCGACUGGUUCGAGAGGCUGAUUGUGAAGCUAAUGUAUGACACUUCACAGCCUCAACACUACCUCUCCGGUAACUUCGCUCCGGUUCACGAUGAGACUCCUCCUUGCAAGAACCUCCCUGUCAUAGGUUACCUUCCGGAUUGCUUGAAUGGUGAGUUUCUCAGGGUUGGCUCAAAUCCGAAGUUUGCUCCAGUGGCUGGAUAUCACAUGUUUGAUGGAGAUGGCAUGGUUCAUGGUAUGCGCAUCAAAGAUGGUAGAGCAACAUAUGUCUCCCGUUAUGUAAGGACAUCACGUCUUAAGCAGGAAGAGUAUUUUGGAGGAUCCAAAUUUAUGAAGAUUGGAGACCUUAAAGGGCUGUUUGGAUUGCUUAUGGUUAACAUGCAAAUGCUGAGAGCAAAGUUGAAAGUAUUGGAUGUUUCAUAUGGAACUGGGACAGGUAACACAGCUCUCAUAUAUCACCACGGGAAGCUUUUGGCACUUUCAGAGGUAGAUAAACCUUAUGUCCUUAAGGUUUUGGAAGAUGGAGAUCUGCAAACCCUUGGCAUGUUGGAUUAUGACAAGAGAUUGACACAUUCCUUCACUGCUCAUCCAAAGGUUGAUCCAUUCACUGGCGAGAUGUUUACCUUUGGCUUUUCACAUACACCACCGUAUAUUACCUACAGAGUUAUUUCAAAGGAUGGUUUCAUGCAUGAUCCUGUACCAAUAACAAUAUCAGACCCUAUCAUGAUGCAUGACUUCGCCAUUACUGAAAAUUAUGCAAUUUUUAUGGAUCUUCCUCUGUACUUUAGACCAGAGGAAAUGGUGAAGGAAAAGUUCAUAUUUACAUUUGAUGCGACUAAAAAAGCUCGUUUUGGUGUUCUUCCACGGUAUGCAAAGGAUGAGCUCCUAAUCAAAUGGUUUGAGUUGCCAAACUGCUUUAUAUUCCAUAAUGCCAAUGCAUGGGAGGAAGGAGAUGAAGUCGUUCUGAUCACUUGCCGCCUUGAGAAUCCAGAUUUGGACAUGGUUAAUGGGGCCGUGAAAGAAAAGCUUGAGAAUUUCACAAAUCAGCUGUAUGAGAUGAGAUUCAACAUGAAAACUGGUUUAGCUUCACAGAAGGAACUAUCAGCAUUUGCUGUAGAUUUUCCCAGGGUAAAUGAGAGCUAUACUGGCAGGAAACAACGAUUUGUAUAUGGAACUAUACUGGACAGCAUAUCAAAAGUCACUGGGAUUAUCAAAUUUGAUUUGCAUGCCGAACCAGAUAUCGGAAGAACAAAACUUGAAGUUGGAGGAAAUGUUCAAGGAAUCAUUGACCUGGGAGCUGGUAGAUUUGGUUCAGAAGCUAUCUUUGUCCCUCGUAAGCCCGGAAUUACUUCUGAAGAAGAUGAUGGUUACUUGAUAUUCUUUGCACAUGAUGAGAACACAGGAAAAUCAGCAGUGAAUGUAAUUGAUGCAAAAACAAUGUCGGCUGAUCCUGUAGCUGUUGUUGAAUUACCCCAUAGAGUUCCUCAUGGAUUUCAUUCCUUCUUUGUGACAGAGGAACAACUUGAAGAACAAGCAAAACUCUGAAGGUUCGGAACCUCUUGAUCGCUUGAAAUAUACUCCCAUAGGUGAAACGCCAGAGCUAUGUAAAAAUAUACACUUGUUGCUCCAAUAAACUCUGCAGAUUGUAUCCGCAGCUCAGUCUAGUGAACAGAUUGUACAUGUAGUAUGAGUGGCUUUAACAAUUGUGAAGAUGAUGACAUUUUACAAAACUUAAAUUACUGUACAAAUGGCAGUAUCCCAAUGAUAGGUCCAUUUUUUCUUGAAUUGUAAGAGCAUUUAAUAUGUUUCUAAUGCCUUAACCUUCAUUAUUGAUACGAAUAGUCAUCUUCUUCUAAUGCUUGUCACUCUCUUGUUACCAGUGUCA